GGAAAGCCGCAGGAGGAUUGAACGCGAGCAGCUAGGCGGGGCUGCCCCAUUUGCCCGCCCCUCUUUUUCUGCGACUGGCUGUUCUGCCGUGGGUCUCCGCCUCAUAACCCUGCGCCUGCGCGUGGGCCUGGGCCGCCCGUUGUACCUGAUGGUAGGAGGCAGUGGUUACCCGCUUCCCUUUCGCGGGAGGGAGAGUGAGCUAGCCACCCAAGAAAACACCAUGAAAGAUACCGAUAUCAAGAGACUACUGUAUACCCAUCUUUUAUGCAUAUUUUCAAUUAUCCUAAGUGUCUUCAUCCCAUCACUCUUCUUGGAGAACUUCUCAAUAUUGGAAACACACUUGACAUGGUUGUGCAUCUGUUCUGGUUUUGUAACUGCUGUCAAUCUAGUACUAUAUUUAGUAGUGAAACCAAAUACAUCCUCUAAAAGAAGUUCAUUAUCACACAAGGGAACCAGAUUUUUGAAAUGCUGUAUCUACUUUCUUACGUCUUGUUUCUCCUUUCAUGUAAUUUUUGUUCUGUAUGGAGCACCACUAAUAGAGUUGGCAUUGGAAACAUUUUUAUUUGCACUUAUUUUGUCUGCUUUUACUACUGUGCCUUGCUUAUGUUUGUUAGGACCAAACCUCAAAGCAUGGCUAAGAGUUUUCAGUAGAAAUGGAGUUACAUCCAUAUGGGAGAAUAGUCUCCAGAUCACUACAAUUUCUAGUUUUGUAGGAGCAUGGCUUGGAGCACUUCCUAUUCCACUGGAUUGGGAAAGACCAUGGCAGGUAUGGCCCAUCUCCUGUACGCUUGGAGCGACCUUUGGCUACGUGGCUGGCCUUGUUAUUUCACCACUCUGGAUAUACUGGAAUAGAAAGCAACUUACAUACAAGAACAAUUAACUGGAGCAAAGGGAAAUAUUUCUUUGUGCAGAUUCUGUAAGGGCUGUGCAGAAAUGUGUAUGGUCAAAGCCAAGCAGUUCCAUUUACAGCUCUGUUUUUUAUGUAGUUACAACAUGAUGUGAUUGUAGCUUUUUAAACUAUGAAACCCCUGAGAGAUUGUACCUUCUAGUUGAAAUAAAGUAUUUAUAAUAGAUUGUGGCUUCAGAUGCUGCUUACUGCUUCUUAAACCUUUAAGGGACAUUCUUAAUAAACUUUAUAGAAUUCUGA